AAAGGAAACAGUGUUUAACAUUCACCUUUCAGGCUUCUAAGAAAAAAGAUUCCCCUUUUAGUAGUCAUGGAGCACUUGUCAAAGUUGCUGUGACUUCCCUCCUCCACCAAACAGCUGCCAAUCAGAGGAUCAUAAUCCAGGAGAUGGACUUUAAGCACAACUUAAGCGUCACCGCAGCUUUGGUAACAGAUGAGUGCAUUCAGAAUACACAGCGGAUCCAGCAUAAUUGUUGUAACUCUUACGGUUGCUUAGAGCAAAUGUGCAAACAGAGGCUCCCAUCAGGAAGCAACAGGGAGCAAGAAAGGCUUGCAAAAACAGCCAGGAGAAGUGAAAUAUUCAGGGUUUACUAUACAAAUUAUUUCCCUUUUUUUAAGCCCCACUUGAGAAGGCGUCAGAAUGAGAUGUUGUUAAGUCUGAUAUAAGUUGGAGGGGAAAGAACGGCCCAGGAGAAGAAGGAGAAGAUAAUAAUUUAAUGUCACUUGAACCUGCUGGAUGGAAGGGGAAAUAGGAAGUUCAUUACUUGCAAUCACCUAAAAGCCAUUCGACGCGGAGCAGGGCCUGCAAACAUUGGGCGAUCCAACCAGGAUUUGCCGCUUGAGCUUGAGGGAUGCGAUGGGGCCCAUCAGGGUCUCAGCACGUGGUGAUGGUGGCUGUCUGUUACUUCCUAGGUCCUACCACCAUCCCUCCAGGACCUCCACAGUAAGGAGAGGCAGCGGAGACCAAUCCUCUAAGAUGUUCAUUUGGACCAGUGGGAGGAGCUCCACGUCGUACAGACAUGAUGAGAGAAGAAAUAUUUACCAAAAAAUCAGGGAUCAUGAUCUGCUGGACAAAAGGAAAACAGUCACCGCUCUCAAAGCAGGGGAGGACCGGGCCAUACUGCUGGGACUGACAAUGAUGGUGUGCUCGAUUAUGAUGUACUUCCUCCUGGGAAUCACGCUGCUGAGGUCAUACAUGCAAAGUGUUUGGACAGCAGAGACACAGUGCACGCUCCUCAACAUCUCCAUCACAGAAACCUUCAACUGCUCGUUCAGCUGCGGUCCGGACUGCUUGAAAACCUCUCAGUACCCGUGCUUGCAAGUGUAUGUCAACGUAUCGUCUUCGGGGCAAAAGUGCUUGCUUUACCACACAGAAGAGACAAUGAAAAUUAAUUCUGAGUGCUCAUAUAUACCCAAGUGUGGCAAAAACUUUGAAGAGUCUCUGUCCCUCGUGAAUGUCGUCAUGGAGAACUUCAGAAAGUACCAGCACUUCUCCUGUUACUAUGACCCCGAAGGCAUUCAAAAGAAUGUAUUGCUAACCAAACUCUACAGCUCCAACGUGCUGUUCCACUCCCUCUUUUGGCCAACUUGUAUGAUGAUAGGAGGGCUUGCUAUCGUUGCCAUGGUCAAGUUGACCCAGUAUCUGUCCCUCCUCUGCGAAAGGAUCCAAAGGAUCAACAGAUAGAAGCAGCCGGCUCACUUCCGGGAUGGAUUGACAGCUGGAAUACUGUUGUUGUUUAUUUUUCAUUCUUCACCAAAGAACCUUAAGUUUGUAACGUUGUACGUCUGUUCUAAGUUCCUUAUAUUUUUAAUGAAGUAGAGCAAUAAUGAAAAAAGGCUGUUCUAUAUGCAAACGUGAUGCUGUUAUUAUGCAGGUGAUGGGAGAAGGAAUCGCCAUUUGCGUUGGCCGUCUACAUAAUCUUGGUUUACGCCGCAAAAUCGGUACUUCUUUCUUUUUCUUUCCCCUUUUCUUUCUUUCUUUCCCCUUUCUUUUUCUACAGCCAAAAUAGGGCUCAGUGUGACCCAUUUGCCAAGCCUUGUCGAUGAAACGCAUCACCAUUCCGUUGCAAACCCAUUCUGGAGGAAUGUAUUACAAUGCUGCGUGUCUGUCCAUGCGAACCGUUUUUAAGUUCCACUUAAGGCUGCAGAGGGAGAAGGCGUGGGAAGUAGAAGGAAAUUUGGAGGACGGUGAGAGAGGGUUGAUUUGUCUGGCUGAAGUGGAACUAAGAUGGCUCCAGAAAUGUGGUAUCUCCCGCUGCCUCCUAAACCAAGGUCAAAGGGCAGCCACACAUUAGCAGGAAGUCAGGGUGUGCACAUCCAGGCCCUGAUCCAGAUAACGCUAAUCAAACUUUACCACCGCUAAAAUCUUUAGGACGUUUUGGCCAUGGUUGAUUUUAUUGGGAUGUGAGCAAACUUCCUUUCUUCUGGAUUGCAGAAAGAAGUUCUGGAUCAGAGCAAUUGUCUUCAUGUUGGCCUCAUGCUCAGGGUUAAGCUUUCCCUUCCAGUGUUUUAGACAUUUAUUUGCAAUAUCUUGGACUCACGGAUCAUUAUCUACCAAAGCUACAGCCAAAAAAGCAAACCCCACAAACCACAUUAAUCACCACACCCGUCGACUUCAUUCAUCUCCGACUCCAACCUGAGCCCUGUUGGCAGAGAUGGGACCAGAAAACACUUUCCGUACAAGUUUAUUCUCUGUAUUUUUUUCCCUUGUAUUUGCUACCAUAUCACUGUAAAGAAGAAGUUUAAAAAAACAAAAAUACAACCCAUAGUCAGCUAUUUUUUCAUUUUUUACUUCCAACUAUUUUAGAUUUUUUUACUGUAUAUUUUAAAAAAGAAAAAAGAAAUACUAGACAAGAGGACAAAAACAUAUAUUAAAACUAGUGGUGUAUUGUAAUAUGAAGAUGUUAUAUUUUAUUAUUUCUUUUAUUAACUGAAAGUGAGAAGUGCCCUUCUUGUAUUCCGUAAUGUCCAAAUCUGGAUAUGCUUGUCACUAAGAAGAGUGGCGUCGGGGAUGAGGGGAGUCUUAAAGGCCAUUCACAGUGGCAUUUCCACUCAUAAACUUAGGUCGCAUCUGCUUCAUAAACUUAAGGCUCUCUUAUACAACUUUCACAGUCAAGGAGAAUCCUGGGAACUGUUGUUUGUUAAGGGUGCUGAGAAUUGUAGGUCUAUAAGGUCAGCGCCCAUAGCAGACUACAGCUCCCAGGAUUCUUUGCAGGAUUUGAAGUGGCAUAAGAAUGUGGUUGUGACCAUUCUUGCAAAACAUCCUUCAAUUUGAGAGGCCAGUAAAGAGAAUGGGUACAAUAUAAUAUUAUUCCUAGAGAAGUGGGCAUUUUUUAACCAGUACACAGCAAAAUAAAAAUAAAAAUUCAAGAGCAUAUUGGGCAGGGAGGGGAUGAAAUUCACAUGAUUUACUGAAUUGCGGUAAGACUGCAGAACCAGGAAGAUGCAUAAAUCAUAGCAGCUUCCAGAUGACCUAUUUAUUGUGCAUUCUGAUUUUCUUGGCGGGGUUAGACAACAUUGUGUCAAGGCAAAUGGUACCCUCCACUUUCUGCUGCAUUUUCCCAUCACUUUACUAAUCACAAAAAAUCUGAUGUUUGGGGGAAGCACAAGAUCUCCAGACCAAGUUUGAUUAUGUAACCUGAAUUUGCCAACAUACAAUUGAAUCCCACCCGAAAAGAGAGACAGUCUGGAAGCACCCUAUGUAUGUGCUCUGAGGUAUGCAUUACACUAAGGAACACUAAGCGGCUGCCUAGGGAGACACUUUGCAAGUGGUAGUAGCAGGUCUUGUUUCUGUUGUUCCAAGCUCUGCUUUGGUACAAGAGCUUGAAAAGAAAAGGUGGUACAUUUGGUGGUACAUUUAGCCAGAGAAUAGCCACAUAGCAGGCAAAAGAUCCAAACCACCAUAACAAGGUGGAGAGAGUGGUAGUUGGAGUGGGUCUGAGUAAAGCAUGAGUAAAGUGUGAGUAAAGUGUGAGUAGGUGAGAGGAGUGGAAGUCACAAAGUGGAAAGGAAAAAAGAGGAAUAUCAUUUUGGGGCAGUUAUGAGAGUCAUUGUUAAAGCCCAAUAUGUCAUAGGGACAAAUGGGAAAGGUGAGCAAGGCAAAACUUGCAAUGAAUUUUUCCACCCAUUCUCUGUGGGAUUACAAAUACUAUUCACAACUUUUGUUAGAUUACACUAAGAAGACAAUCUUGUCAGGUUCAGGUCAUGAAAGGCCUAAAAGGCAGAAUGUGAGGUAUUCACCAAUCAUCCCCUAAAAUUACCAUAGAACUUUUUUAAAGAACUAUUUAUAUCUGUAUUGGAAGCAAAGGUUAACCUUUUUUCUUCUUGUUCUUCUUUUUUUGCCAAAAGGAGAAAGCACAUUUUAUCUGUCCAGCUCAUCCAUUCUCCGCGUACUUCUCCCCCCUCCUCUGCCACAACUCCAAUAAUGUAAUGCUGGGGAGGAAACUUUAUGGUGUUACAAGACUCCAUGAACUGUUCAAGUGUCGUCUGAGCUGUACAAUUGAAGUCUGCAGCAGUGAAAUUAAUCUUUGAUCUUGUAAUCCAUAAUGCAGCUUUUUUUCUCAGGCAAAUAAAUUCCUGGGGCGUGUAAUCAGGACUUCAAAACUGUGUGAUUUGGUACAAAAAUUAUUCAAUUAAACCUUUGAGAUUUCAAUAUGCUUGGCAAUCAGAAAUGGCCUCUUUUUUUCUUCCCGUGCCCCCCCAAAACCCCAGCGGGGUGCUGGUCCACUGUCCCUCAUACCUUGCGGGGGGCUGGACUAUUUUUGGGGGGGGGUGAACGAAUUCCUAUGUCCCACAGAUAACCCAGAGAUGCAUUUUAAAUAAAAGGACCCAUUCUACUCAUGUAAAAACACGCUGAUUCCCAGACCGUCCGCAGGCUAGAUUUAGAAAGUGAUUGGGCCGAAUCUGGCCCCCAGGCCUUAGUUUGCCUACCUAUGAUCUAUGUUUGCAGCGAAAUCCCAGCAAAAUUCAGCCUACGAUUAGAGUCUCUUACUGUCUUUCAUACAUGCCUGGGGAAGUUCGAGGCAAAGUCUUCUAAGUAAUUGGGACUGCAGUUUUGUGCAACGAUCUGUGAGCAAGACUCAUUGAACCCAGUGGCAUCUUCUAAACCCAAACCAUAUACCCAGAGUGUAGGGUUGCCAUACGUCCGGAAUUCAUCCCUCGCAAACAGUGUCUGGGCGGAAAUCGCUGGAAUCCGGAUGUAUGGCAGCCCGUGUCGGUAAUGUAGAUUCUGGCGAAUUUCAUUAAAGAUAGCUCAAAAACCCAUAGCUCAGCAACUUUUGUGUUCGGAUUUUCACUUUUCGAAAUAUGGCAACCCUGCCAGAGUUUGUAAGAGUGCAGAGUCCCAUUCCCCAGCCCAACUAAGGGAUCGCUUACCCUGCCCAUAUCCUGUCCAGAAUCAACUUGGGUGGGGGGAGCUAAAGUUUAAUUAGGCUUUUAACAAACAUGGUUAGGAGGGGAGUUGGGGCAGGGUACGCUGUGUCCACUCACCUCCGCUGCUGCGGCUGUGAGCCGGGUGUUCAAUCCUGCAGUCUUCUCCAACGCAAGUGGCUUCCCUCUAGGAAAACACCCUGCAACUUGCAAGACUGAAUCCUUGGCUC